AUGGUUGAUGUGUCUCAUUUGGAACUUCUACUCAAGGCAGGAGCAUGCGCUGAAGAUAAUGAGGUUUCUGCAAAGGAAACCUCCAUCCUGCAUGUUGCAAUAUAUUGCAGUUUUGAUGUGUUCCGAUGCAUAUUGGCUGCAUGUGCUAGCCCAAACCAACGCUGGAUUCGCGACUCUCCUGGUGUUGUGACAGCUAUCCAGGCUGCUGCUUCUCGCAAUAAUAUUGAUGUUGUUUGGGCGCUCCUCGAGAAAGGUGCUGAUGCCAAUGCCCCAGCAAAUAACUUGGUGGGAUGA